GAUGCAGGCGCCUAAGAGGCAGCCCUGCGGUCUUGACGUAAAUUUGAGCGCCGGCGUAGGAAGGCCCCCCCACCCCAACCUUCCUCUUGCAUCCGCUUUCGUCAUUUUUCUGCGUUUGGCCGGGCUCGCGGAAGAGGCACGUGCGCUGCUGAAUGGAGCUGGUAGCCGGUUGCUACGAGCAGGUCCUUUUUGGGUUCGCUGUACACCCAGAACCCAAGGCGAGUGAAGACCACGAGCAGAAAUGGACACCUGUGGCUGACUUCACUCACCACGCCCACACUGCCUCCUUGUCAGCGGUGGCUGUAAAUAGUCGUUUUGUAGUCACUGGGAGCAAAGAUGAAACAAUUCACAUUUAUGACAUGAAAAAGAAGAUAGACCAUGGGGCUCUAGUACAUCACAAUGGCACAAUCACUUGCCUGAAAUUCUAUGGCAACAGGCACUUAAUCAGCGGGGCAGAGGAUGGACUCAUUUGUGUCUGGGAUGCAAAGAAGUGGGAAUGCCUGAAGUCGAUUAAAGCUCACAAAGGACAGGUGACCUUCCUUUCUAUUCACCCAUCUGGCAAGUUGGCCCUGUCUGUGGGUACAGAUAAGACGUUAAGAACGUGGAAUCUUGUGGAAGGAAGAUCAGCAUUCAUAAAAAAUAUAAAACAAAAUGCUCACAUAGUGGAGUGGUCCCCAAGAGGAGAGAAAUAUGUAGUUGUCAUACUGAAUAAAAUAGAUGUCUAUCACCUUGACACUGCAUCUCUUAGUGGCACCAUCACAAAUGAAAAGAGAAUAUCUUCUGUUACAUUUCUUUCAGAGUCUGUGCUUGCAGUGGCUGGAGAUGAAGAAGUUGUAAGGUUUUUUGACUGUGAUUCACUAACGUGCCUCUGUCAAUUUAAAGCUCAUGAAAACAGGGUAAAAGACAUGUUCAGUUUUGAAAUUCCAGAACAUCAUGUUAUUGUUACAGCAUCGAGUGAUGGCUUCAUCAAAAUGUGGAAGCUCCAACAGGAUAAGAAAGUUCCCCCGUCUUUACUCUGUGAAAUAAACACGAACUCCAGGCUGACGUGUCUUGGUGUCUGGCUAGACAGAGCGACAGACGUAAAGGAAAGCCUGCCUCCGGCUGCACAGCCUUCUCCUGUAAGUAAAGAAGAACAGCCCAAAAUCAACAGAAAGGAAUCUGGUGAUGGAGUGCAGGAAGAAGAAAGGCAGUCAGAACCUAACACGAGGAAACGUGGUUCAAGUGGUGACGGUGAGAAGCCAGCGGGAGCAGAUAGCCUGGUGUCAGCCAAGAAGAGGAAAAUGGCUGGAAUGCUGGAAAAAAAGAAGAGAAAGAAGAAGAAAAUAUGAAUGAUGCAGUGAUUCCCAGAUUUCUCUUGAGAAAAAAUUUUUAGAUGGAAUCAUUCUUUGCAAAUGUAUCUGAAUUUUUUUUCUUUUUCUCAGUAAAAGCUAGGAAUUUUUUCUUUUGGAGAAAAUGUACAGCUUAAAAAAUCACUUUUAGGGAUGUGUGUGUAUGUGUUUUUUAACAGUAAAACUGUUUUGGUAGGCAACAUUUUAUAUAUCAUGGUGAUAUAUAGUGUGUUAAUGUGUAAUAUAUAAUUUUUACUGUUGUAUAAAGCAAAUAAAGAUCUUUCUCAAAAUAUUGUAGUUGAAUAGAAAAUCU